AUGACAGUAUUGAAGCUAACCGAGAACAUGCGAUUAAAAUUGCCUCAUUCUGAAGCAUCGGCCAGGUUAGCAAUCUCAAAUUUUAGCAAAUGGCUUUUGGAAAUUGGUGAUGGUACAAAUAGUAAUAUUUUUGGAGAAUCAAUUAUCCCGAUACCUCUACACAUUUGUGUUCCCCGUCGCAGUGAUCCAAUUCCUGAUAUUGUUGCUGAAAUAUAUGGUCAGUUACUCUCCACUGAAAAUAUGUCAACCUAUUUGGUUGAGCGAGCUAUCUUAGCCCCUCAUAAUGACACUGUUGCGGCCAUUAACAAUUAUGUAUUGGGUCUAUUUCCUGGUGAAGAAGUUUCUUAUUUUAGUUCGGAUUCGCUAGAGAUUGAUGCCAAGAAUCAGCAUGUUGAAGAAGGGGACUACACAGUUGAAUUCUUGAACUCUUUAAAGAUUGGGAAUUUUCCGGAACAUGAGUUGAAAUUGAAGUUGGGGUGCCCUGUUAUUCUGCUUCGAAAUCUGGAUCAGAGUACUGGGCUUUGCAAUGGAACUCGGAUGAUCGUUAAGAGAUUAGGUAAGUGGUUUAUUGAGGUCCAAAUUUUGACCGGGACAUAUGUUGGUGAUACAGUUUUCUUACCACGCCUAAGUCUAUCGGUCCACUACAAGAGCUUAAAUUUCACUCUGGUUCGAAGGCAAUAUCCAAUUGCACUGUCAUAUGCAAUGACAAUUAACAAGAGUCAAGGUCAAACAUUAAAUCACGUUGGCAUCUGCUUGCAAAGACAAGUAUUUUCUCAUGGACAGUUGUAUGUUGCUAUGUCUCGAGUUACGUCGGAAAGGGGACUCAAGAUUCUUAGCUGUGACUCUCAAGGUAAACCAGUGAAGACUAUGCAGAACAUUGUGUUCACUGAGAUUUUUGAGUAG